CUGCUAGAAAUGUCUGAUUAUUUGCCACAAGAAUUGAUGAUUGACAUCUUCACAAGACUACCCGUCAAGUCAAUCCUUCGAUUCACAAGUUUGUGCAAGACAUGGUACUCUCUUCUUACUAGCCCUAUUUUUAUCUCCAUGCAUCUCAACCGAAAACAGGAUGAGCACAUCCUAAUUCCAUAUCACUCUAGAAACCCAGAAGAAGAAGUAUAUGGUUUAUUCUGUGACGACGAGAAUUUGAAUCAGUAUGCCCAGUUUGAUUUGCCAUUUAAGCGGACUAGCUGUUACUUUAAUAUUGUGGGUAGUUGUAACGGUCUUUUGUGCCUUGCAGACGGUCACAACUGUUACCGGAAACAUUUUUAUCUUUGGAACCCAUGCAUCAGAAAGUCUGUAAAACUCCCAACACCAAUUUAUACAUUUAAGACACACAGUACCUAUGAUCAUACACAGGGGUUUGGAUUUGAUCAUGUUACUAAUGACUACAAGGUGGUAAGAAUAGUACAGCCUACUUAUUGUCUACUGCCACCUAAUGUUGAGCUUUAUAAGCUAAGCACUGGUGUUUGGAAAGACAUUAGUCAUGGCGCUCUGUCUUGUCAAGUCUUUAGUAGUACGCCGCAUUAUAUGAAUGGAUCUUCCCAUUGGAUUGCUUUCAAGUGUGGAGACGAACCAACUCGGAGUAUGAUUGUUUUGUUUGACAUGCAUGAUGAGACAUUCUUGGAGAUGAUGUUGCCAAGUAACUUAACUAGCAAGGUACGACAAUGUGAUGACAUGUUUCUUUCCGUGUUAGAGGAAUCACUUUGCUUGGUUGAUAAUAACUAUAAUGAAAGUAAACCUGUUGACAUUUGGAUCAUGAGAGAUUAUGGUGCACCAGAAUCAUGGGUGAAACAGUUCAGCAUCAGUUCUCUUACCCUUAAACGAAAUGUUACUCUUCAUAAUGGCAUUUCCGGAACAGCUUUUAAUGGAAGGUCUGUUUCAGAUGAGCUUGAGGUUACUCAUGACCUAGUGAAGCCAAUGGCUAUAAGGAAAAAUGGUGAAAUCGUAUGUAAGACGAACCGUAGAUUAUUGGUUUCAGGUGAUCAUGUAGUCGGAAAGCUUAAAUAUAUUGGCAUUGAUAACUCUACAAAUGGUUGGUGUCACAAUCCACUUUAUCUUAAUUAUUACAAAGAGAGCCUUGUUUUACCUGAUAAAUGGACAAAUAAUUGUGUUGGAGAUGCUUGUGAGCAGUCAUCCGAUUUAUGUAAGAGAGAGCGCAAAGAUGGGAGAAGAAAGCUCUUAAGGGGAAAAACUAAAAAUAGAAUGCGGAUUGCAUCUCUCUUGCACAUGAGUGGAUUGCUUUACGUGUCAAAAAUGAAAAAAAAAAAUGGCUGCAGGAGAAGAAAUGGAAGAACAUGCAAGUCAAAAGGCCUCCGUUGUCCAAUUAACUAUGUUGCACUUGAUCCAUUGCCCGUGGUGAUGUUUUAGCUUUUGGAAAAUGCAUGACAAAGUUAAUAGUGGAGUUGAUUACUAGAGUUUUGCAUAUUCUAUAUAUGAAACAGUCACAAACUUACAAAAGUUUAUUUGUGCAUAUUAUUCUUGAAGUCCUUUAUCCCAGUAAGUUUUUGAUUGAAGUUAGUUCACUAAAGUUUAGGUGCUGAUCCCUUAGACAUAUGACAACUUAUUUUUGCUUAAAAUCUUCUCAAUUUCAUGGAAACAUUACAUUGUAUUGCAGGAAUCAGGCUGACACUGUAGACCUCCUUUAAUGUAUUGGAAAAGUUUCCAUGUGUCAGAACUCAGAAGUGUAUGGCAAUUGGAAACUUUUGAUACUCUAGGGUACUGAAAUUCUUGCUGUAAAUCUUAUUGUGUUAACUACUUUCUAGGUAGAUCUUUUGUGCAUGAUACUUCUAAAGUUUGUUUGAU